CGCAACUAUCGUCGCGCGCGCACGCUACUGGUUUUUUAAACAUUUUUGCAUAGUUUCGGCCUUUUAGACAUUAGUGAUACGUUUUUAAGAUCUACUAACUCUACUAUGCACCACACAUAACCCCACAUCAUGACAGAAAAGACAGUAGUCCGUUUCGAAGAAGCGGAACGUAAGAAGACCACCAUCCUCGCUUCAAUAGGAGCUGCUGGCGUGCUACUAGGAUGGCUGGUCAGAGGGUCGAGCCUCCUGAUGACGUCUGUGGCCCUGGUAACCGCGUACCUGAUGACUGGGAACAGAUACCAGUGGGUGUACAUUUGGAAGAAGACGUUCUACAGAGAUAUGUUAGGCCUCCGAGUACUCCUGGUCACCAUGUUCAAGAUCUGGAUGUGGGAGAAAAGAGGCAUGACGGUGGUGAAGCGUUGGGCCGAGGUGGCUCGUCAGGAUCCUGACAAGAAGGCAUUUGUCAUGGACGACCGUCAUCUGACAUUCCGGCAGGGAGAAGAAUUCAGCAACCGCAUCGCCUGGUACUUCAAACGUCAGGGCUUCAAGAGCGGCGAGGUCAUCGCGCUCUUCAUGGAGACUCAGCCUGAAUACGUUUUCAUCUGGCUAGGUCUAGCCAAGCUCCAGGUUACCACGGCCCUUGUUAAUACGAACCUUAGAGGCGCUCAGUUGACGCAUUGUUUGAGGAUCGCUGGAUGUAAGGCGUUGGUGUUUGGCGAUGAGUUGGCGGAUGCCGUCAAAGAAAUCCGGAGCGAAAUCCACGACAUACCCCUUUUCCAGUUCAACUCCCCUGACCGUCCAGCAUUGGAGAAGCCAGCUACAAUCCUGCAGGAUGCCGCGCCGCUCGCGUCGGAGCUGGCGGAGAUGAGUGCAGCACCUUUUACUGAGGCGGGCACUGCCAGCCCGCGAGACACGCUCAUGUAUAUUUAUACUAGUGGGACCACUGGGUUUCCUAAAGCUGCUGUUAUUACAAAUAUAAGGUAUCUCCUAAUCCCACUAGGAGUCCACACAUCAGCACGGCUAUCAUCAUCCGACGUCGUAUACGAUCCUCUUCCACUGCACCACACAGCGGGCGGAGUGCUUGGUGGAGGGCAGGCGUUGGUGUUGGGUAGCACAGUGGUGCUUAGGAAGAAGUUCUCCGCUUCGAACUAUUGGAAAGAUGUCGCAAAACAUGGAUGCACUGCAGCCCAAUACAUCGGUGAGAUAUGCCGCUACCUGCUGGCAGUUCCACCCUCACCCAGCGACCGGGCGCAUCGAGUGCGUGUGAUCAUGGGCAACGGACUAAGGCCGCAGAUCUGGCAGGAGUUCGUCGAGCGCUUCGGCGUCGAGAGGGUGAUGGAGUUCUACGGGGCGACGGAGGGGAAUAGCAAUUUGAUUAACUUGGAUUCAAAAGUGGGAGCCAUUGGUUUCUUGAGCCGGCUUGUAUCAUCAAUUUAUCCUCUAACUCUAGUCAAAUGCGAUGAAAUUACCGGUGAAAUACUAAGGAACAGUGACGGCAGAUGUAUAAGCUGUGGACCUCAUGAACCUGGUCUAUUACUUGGCAAGAUAGAUUCAAAAAAAGCCAUCCUCACAUUCGCGGGCUAUGCCGACAAGACUGCUUCAGACAAGAAGAUGGUCCGCAAUGUGAAGAAGGAAGGAGACUGUUACUUCAACACCGGAGACAUCCUGGUUAUGGACCACUUCGGGUACUUUUACUUUAAAGAUAGGACUGGAGAUACAUUUAGGUGGCGAGGCGAAAACGUGUCGACGGCAGAAGUGGAAGGAGUAAUAAGCACGCUCGUUGGACUCAAAGAUGCUAUAGUUUAUGGAGUUUCUAUCCCAAACGUAGAAGGCAAAGCGGGUAUGGCGGCCAUUGCAGACCCGGAGAAGAAACUCGACAUCCCCUACCUUACCAAAGGUCUACAGUCUUCUCUUCCUGCCUACGCCAGGCCUAUUUUCCUCAGAGUACUACCCGAGCCUCCCCUCACUUCUACCUUCAAGCUGCGUAAGAAAGAUUUAAUAGAACAAGCAUACACGCUGGACCUUCAUGAGGACCCCAUGUAUUUCCUAGACCAGAAGACAGGAGAAUAUGUUCCGUUGACGAGGAAGAUCUAUGAUGACAUAGUUAAAGGUGUUGUAAAACUGUGAUUCUUGCCAUGUUGAGGGUUCUUGUUGAACUCUUACUCCUAUUUAGUUUUAAAAUUGUUUGAAGAAGUAUAAGAAUAAAGGACGACUCACGUUAGAACGGUCCAGGUUCGGGCCGAUGCUGGGCUGCUGUAGCGUGAGUCAUCUUAAGGGCGGGUUCCACAACACACAAUCGACGAACUGAUCUACUUUAAAUAUGGCGACGGUAACUGUCAAAGUUUUCAAGCUUGCUGCAACCGGUUCUAAGGUUACGCCACGUUCAGUGCAUGCAAUGUGAGCGAAUGUAGACUUGGAGGAACGAAUCUGGAGGAAAAAAACUAUUCUGAGGGGUUUUUCCCUGGGGAACAUGACAUGAAAAUGAAGGUCUAUUGGAGCAAAUGCGCUUUCUUUAGAAAUACUAAUAUCGUUAUUAGGUAUUGUAAGGUAUAUUCAUACACACUUUGCUCAAUUAGGGAAAUUGCUUAUUUGAAUUAGUGCGUAAGGUUGCCAGAGCUCAACGAGGGUGCGGAGUGUUAAGGUCGGCAACGCACAUGUAGUACCUAUGGAAUUGCAGGCGUCCAUAGGCUUCAGAGACUGCUUAAUAUCAGGCAGGCUGUAUGCUUGUUUGCCACCGACGUAGUAUAAAACAAAUUCUUAGUCGAGUAACCAACCGUUAAGUGACCCAAAGUAUAUUGAGGAGGCGCAAUUGUUACAAUUAGACAAAUAAUAUUAGCAAUGUAAUUUUUGAAUACAUUUUGUGAUAAAAAUGUGAUAACUUAUACCAAAAUUUACUGUCAUGACACAAAUCAGCCAUUAUAUUGAAUCUAAGAAGUGAAAUGAGGAGACCAUUAUUGUUAUAGAUCAAGAUUUAUGAAAAUAAAUAAAUGUAUAUAAAGGA